GGGACGGCUGCGCGGACCCGCUUGGAACGCGGCGGUAGCGGCGGCGCACUUUCCCCGGCUGUAGCUGGACAAGGCUGUAGUGCGCGCGCCGCGGCGCCCCUCGAGCGGGAGGGACCGGUUGACUGCAGUAGAGUCGGAGGGAAUCCCGGGCUGCGGAGCUGCGCCGGCGGGGAAGCCCUUCGGUUUGCUGUGCACCAAGAGAGUAAGGCGGGGGGUCUCCCGAGACCGCCACCGGCCCCCUCGGUGCCGACAGGACCGCGCGGAGCGCGCCCCCCGAAGGCAGCCCCGGGCCGGUGGCCCUGACUUGGUCCCGCGCGCCGGGCGCCGGGCAGCUCAGAGGGAGGAAACAAGAGGGGCCGCCCUCCCCGCGGAGUUGGAAGCGCUUUCGCUCGGUCCAAAAUGCCCAAGAAGAAGCCGACGCCCAUCCAGCUGAACCCGGCCCCCGACGGCUCCGCGGUUAACGGGACCAGCUCGGCGGAGACCAACCUGGAGGCCUUGCAGAAGAAGCUGGAGGAGCUGGAGCUCGAUGAACAGCAGCGGAAGCGCCUCGAGGCCUUUCUUACCCAGAAGCAGAAGGUGGGGGAACUGAAGGAUGACGACUUCGAGAAGAUCAGUGAGCUGGGUGCCGGCAAUGGAGGUGUGGUGUUCAAGGUCUCCCACAAGCCGUCCGGCCUGGUCAUGGCCCGAAAGCUAAUUCACCUGGAGAUCAAACCUGCAAUCCGGAAUCAGAUUAUAAGGGAGCUGCAGGUUCUACAUGAGUGCAAUUCCCCCUACAUUGUGGGCUUCUACGGCGCAUUCUACAGCGAUGGUGAGAUCAGUAUCUGCAUGGAGCACAUGCUCACAUACCUGAGGGAGAAGCACAAGAUUAUGCACAGAGAUGUCAAGCCUUCCAACAUCCUAGUAAACUCCCGUGGGGAGAUCAAGCUCUGUGACUUUGGGGUCAGUGGGCAGCUCAUCGACUCCAUGGCCAACUCCUUCGUGGGCACAAGGUCCUACAUGUCGCCAGAAAGACUCCAGGGGACUCAUUACUCUGUGCAGUCGGACAUCUGGAGCAUGGGGCUCUCUCUGGUUGAGAUGGCGGUCGGGAGGUAUCCCAUCCCUCCUCCAGAUGCCAAGGAGCUGGAGCUGAUGUUUGGAUGCCAGGUGGAGGGAGAUGCAGCUGAGACACCACCCAGGCCAAGGACCCCGGGGAGGCCCCUCAGCUCUUAUGGAAUGGACAGCCGACCUCCCAUGGCAAUUUUUGAGUUGCUGGAUUACAUAGUCAAUGAGCCUCCUCCCAAACUACCCAGUGGAGUAUUCAGCCUGGAAUUUCAAGAUUUUGUGAAUAAAUGCUUAAUAAAAAACCCUGCAGAGAGAGCCGAUUUGAAGCAACUCAUGGUUCAUGCUUUCAUCAAAAGAUCUGAUGCUGAGGAAGUAGAUUUUGCAGGUUGGCUCUGCUCCACCAUCGGCCUUAACCAGCCCAGCACACCCACCCAUGCGGCUGGUGUCUAAGCAUUUGGGAAGUGGCAGAGUCCCCUGCCCAGUGGCAUGUCAUGUUGCUUCUGGGCCUCUUUCCCAUGCCUGUCUCUGUUCAGACGUGCAUUUCACCUGUGACAAAGGAUGAAGAACAUAGCAUGUGCCAAAAUCCUAUUCGUGUCAUUUUUAAUAUUAUUGUCCUUCUUAUUACUACUGUUAUUCCCCUAAGUGGAUUGGCUUCGUGCUUGGGGCUAUUUUUGUGUAUGUCAGUGAUCAGAACAUGUGCAGUGCUGAAUUACAGUGAAACUUUGCUGACUAUGGGCAGUCAUUCUUACUGAAAACUGCACUGCUCUCCCACACCGUGACUGGCUGGCCGCCUGUAUUUUCAGGAUUCUUUGACACUUGGUGGUACUUCAUUCUUGCCAGGUAUACCUUCUUUCUAAUUGAGUAGGAAGGGCCCUGUAAGAUCCUUCACAGGCAGUGCAUGUGAAGCAUGCUUUGCUGCUAUGAAAAUGAGCAUCAGAAAGUGUUUAUCACAUUAUUUUAUUAUGGUUUUGCUUUUGGUGUAGAAAACAGCAAUUUCCAUCAAAAUCUAGCCAGAGCCCUUCACUGCCAUGAUAGCUGGGGCUUCACCAGUCUGUCUACUGUGAUGAUUUGUAGACUUCUGGUUGUAUUUCUAUAUUUAUUUUUAAAUAUACUGUGUGGGAUAUUUAGUGAUAUGUCUCUUUAAGUUUGAAUUAGUGUUUCUAAAAUGGUGGAGUUACUUUGAAUGUUACAAAUGGAUCAAGGCAUUAAAAUGUAUGAGAUUUAUCUUUCCCCAAAUUGAAGUACUGAUGCUAUUGUAAACAAAAGUGUGUAUAGUGCCUAAAAACUGUAUGAAAAUCCUUUUACCAUUUUAAUCCAGAUAUUUAACAAAUCUAAACUCUUAUUCUAAUAAAUACACUAUCAAAUUCAAA